AUGGACGUUUGUUUGAACAGUUGUGACAUUAACUUAAUUCAUCAUUUUAGUUAUGCGCGGUCACCAAAGCUGAUCUUAUUCCCUCUCAAGGAGCAUGAUGAUCUGCGGUCACUAGACAAGGAUAGCUUUUUGCACAAACUGGAAAGCGCAGUGUACCCAGGUCUACUGAAAUAUACGUCAUCCCAGGAGUCGCAACCUGAUGUUACAUUUGCUGGCAUAGAAUCUUCAUCCGACUUAAUCGUGGCUGACUCUUACCCUCAGUCAGAUUUCCGCAGUUUGGCCAAUGCCUAUUUGAGCUUGGGUGCCACGAGGUCAGACUUGCAUAGACAACCUCGGGUGGAGUAUGAUCGCAACGGUGCAUUCAUAUCUCUGUUUCCACCAGUCAAGAAUAUUCGUUUUCCGGCACCGGGGCCCCGCGUGACCGUUUGGGCCCACCUAUUCUCCAACCUGUAG